AUGUCGUGGGCGGACGUGGACGUCUUUCUGUGCCAAAGACAUUGGCUCCAACCAAGCAACAUUGCCGCGUUGCUAGGGCGGCUGGAGACAUUUGUGGCCGUAAAUGAGGAUCCAGGGCGGAGCCCUUAUUACAAAAACCAGCAUGCUGACUCGCUCGACCGCCUGGUGUCGCUUCUCAAGGACCCGGGCAUCGAGCAGCACCCGGGGCUGGCACUCGCAGCGCUGAAAGCGCUCAAAAUACUCUCCCGAAAGACGUGUAAUCACUCGGGUAUGCGACGGGAUGAGAAAAAGGACGGCAACGCGAUUCAAGCCGUCCUCCGCUUUCUGCAGGCUCCUGGGAAAGUAGACGAGAGCAUCGCGGCGGAGGCUGCAAACGUCCUUAUGAAUCCCUGCUUCGAAAAGGAGAACGUGGAGGUAGUGCUCCUGAACGAGGGCUGCAUUCCACCAAUGGUCGCCUUCUUGGGCGCGGCGGACGAGAACCUCCAGGCAAACGUGGCCGGCGUGCUGCAGAGCGUCCGGACAGGUGCCUUGGGCGCCCUUCACAACAUUAGCAGCGACCCAUGCUCUACCGGCAUUAUCCGCCGGAAGAACGGGAUUCCGCCCAUUAUGAAGCUCCUCCGAAGCCCGCAGGCUGCGAUCGCCCAGUCCGCGGCCGGGGCACUGCAGAACGUCAGCCGAGAGGGGGAGAGCCGGCGAGUGAUUCGGCGUGACAAUGACGCCGUGGUGGCGCUCUUUGACAUGCUGGUCGACGGAAAGGAAGUGCGAACCCAGGUGUCUGCCGUGGGCGCACUUAUGAACAUUCUUGGACCAGAGUUGGCGGAGAAAGGUAAGAGUAGCAAGGAGGAAAAGGCGGACCGUAAAGGCUUUGCGCGUAUCAUAACCAGUUGCCUAGUGAUGGGCAUGGCAUACGACGGCUUUUUUGGCGCGGGGGGUGCCGCGGCGUCAGUUCGGUGA